AUGGAGGAGGGCGGCCGGAGCCCCCGGGAGGAGGCGGCCGAGCCGCAGGAGUCCGGCGGCGACGCGGAGCCCGGCGGCGGCGGGCGGCGGGGGCUGCUGCUCCCCCCCGGUGACCCCCCGCACCCCCACCCGCACCCGCACCGCAUCACCAACUUCUUCAUCGACAACAUCCUGCGGCCCGAGUUCGGGCGGAGGAAGGAGGCGGGCGGCCCCGACGGAGAGCCCCGGCGGCCCGGCGCGGAGAGCCGCCGCAGCCCCGGCGCGGCGCCGGCCCCCGGCGCUCCGCUGCCCGGCGGCGGGGCGGGCUCGCCGGGCCGGGGGGAGGGCGGCCCCGCCGGGCUGGCCCUGCACGGCGCCGCCAAGAAGGGGGGGGACCCCGCGGCGCUGGAGGCGGCCCUGAAGGCGCGGGGGCUGAGCGGCGGCGACCUGUCGGUGAGCUCGGACUCGGAUAGCUCGCAGGCCAGCUCCAACGCCGGGAACCAGCCCAUGCUGUGGCCCGCCUGGGUGUACUGCACGCGGUACUCGGACCGGCCCUCCUCAGGUCCCCGCUCCCGCAAACCAAAGAAGAAGAACCCCAACAAGGAGGACAAGCGGCCUCGCACCGCCUUCACGGCCGAGCAGCUGCAGAGACUCAAGGCCGAGUUCCAGACGAACCGGUACCUGACGGAGCAGCGGCGGCAGAGCCUGGCCCAGGAGCUCGGGCUCAACGAGUCCCAGAUCAAGAUCUGGUUCCAGAACAAGCGGGCCAAGAUCAAGAAGGCGACGGGCAGCAAGAACUCCCUGGCAGUGCACCUCAUGGCCCAGGGGCUCUACAACCACUCCACCACGGCGAAAGACGGCAAGUCGGACAGUGAAUAGCCGAGGGAAAGGGGGG